AUGACUGACAGCAACGCAAACGCAGAGGCACUCGUGCCGAGAUUCAAAUUCGAGCAAUUGCUUAACCAAGACCAAGCCGGCCGCCGAUCCUCCCUCUACGGCGCCAUCGACAACCAGCCGGCGCUGCUAAUCCUCGAGCGCGCGCCGUUCCCGAGCUCGGCAGACUACAUCGGCUCGGUCUCGGCCAGCCUGCGGGCCAUCAAGAACCUCGGCGCCAACGACAUCUAUCACUGGUACCUCGCCAACAGCGGCGAGGUCAGCGGCGCCGAUGGCCACGAGUUCGCCGACUUGAAGAUUAACCUCAUCUGGCCGUGCACCGAAAAGCACAUCAAGAAGUAUAGCAAGCAGGGAGUGCGCUUCGUGACCGAGACGCCCGACAUCUACCGCGACCAUGUGCGGCCCUUCAUGCAGGCACAGCGCGAGGCCGGCCGGCUGACCUGGGUCUUCAACAUCAUCGAGGGCCGCAAGGAGGCCGAGGACGUCAUCUACCGCACGCCCUACGGCGAGGACCCGAAUGACGAGGGCUUCCUCCUGCUGCCCGACCUCAACUGGGACCGCAAGACGCUCGACGCGCUGCACCUGCUGGGGCUGGUCGAGCGGCGCGACAUUUGGAGCCUGCGCGACCUCCGCAAGAAACACAUACCCUGGCUGCGGCACAUGAAGACCAAGUUCCUCGACGCCGCGACCAAGGUGUACCCGAGCAUCGAGCCCGACCAACUCAAACUGUACGUCCACUACCAGCCGACCUAUUACCACUUCCACAUCCACAUCGUGCACGUCGCGCUCGAGGCCGGGGCCACGCAGGCGACGGGCAAGGCGGUCGGGCUCGAAAGUAUCAUGUCGCAGCUCGAGACCAUGCAGGGGGGCGACGAGGCGGGCAUGGAGAGCGUCACGUUGUGCUACACGCUGGGCGAGGCCAGCGACUUGUGGGCCGAGGUGUUUGAGCCCCUCAAGCGGAGUACAGCUUCUCGACCGCAGUGA